UAAACUUUUGUCAUCGUUUUCAUUUUUGCUUUCUACAAGAAUACGUUUUUCUUCAUCCAUUCCGGAUGAUCGGAUCUUAAUUAUUAUUUUAUUACAUAUGUAGACCGCCUACGUCAGAUACUUAUUGCAGAGAUAUUUGUAAUGCAAAAUUGCAAAUAUAGUUAUGUUCUGGGGGUGGACUGAACUGUAGUAAAACCCCCCUUCUUUUAUAAAUAUCCGUUUGUCAUAUUUGGAUUUUAUCGACUCUUGAACGUUUUGAUUAUGCUGGGUAUUUGUACAGUUGGUAUGGUCCUCGUUUCGCAAGGCGAUGGCUCAAAAUUCAACUGCACUCUCCCUCUUGCCUCUGGUCUUUAGGCAGAGUCAAGCCAAACCUAAAGAGACCCACCUCCCCCCUCCCUCUUCUCAAUCAAUUCAUCUGUAAUUCCCUUCAGACCUUCAUGAGCUUUCCCUCUCCUCAUCCUUGGGAGUCGGGAUCUAACGUUCCCCAUUCAGAGUCUCCUUGCUUCUCUAGAUAUAACGGUAUGUUUUCCUUUUUCUUAUUCUUGUUCUUCUCGGUCUUAUCGGUAGAAAGGGUUCUUUGCGUUGACCCACGAUUCGGAACUUGCAAGCCUCAAAUCUGCGGGAACCAGAACAUAAGCUAUCCAUUCUGGAUCAAUGACACUAAGAUACUACCUGAUUACUGCGGCUACCCAGGCUUUGAGAUUUCCUGCAAGAGCGACAAGCCUAUGCUCAAGAUCUCUGGGAAUGAUUAUAUGAUUCAAGAAAUCAACAACCAAACCCAAUCUGUUAGGGUCACGUACCAAGGGGCUGCAGAUGAUUAUUGUCCAUCUCCACUUUAUAACGUUAGCCUGGAUCGAACUCCCUUCGGAUUUGACUACGACCAUGCUUAUCUCUUCAUCUUCUUCAAUUGUAGCUCUCUUCUGGAUGAUGCAUACUCACGCUACAGGAUAAAUUGUACACCCCAUGAUUACACCUUCUCUCCUUUGACCUUAUUUGAGGGGGAUCCGGAGUUAAACUCUUCUUACUUGUUCCAAGAAUGCGACAAGUCGGUAUUGGCACCGGUUGAGAAGGAAAUUGGGGAUGAAAUAUUUCAGGGUAAGAUGUACCAGGAGAUUUUAAAUAAGGGGUUUUUGUUGAGAUGGAAUGCUGCCAACUGUAGUGAUUGCUUAGAAAGCGGGGGGCAAUGUGGAUUUGACUGGAAAGCAUACAAGUUCACUUGUCUCUGCCGCGAUCGCCCUCGAAUGAUGAGUUGCCGAGAUGAUAAGAAAAGUUGGAGGAGGAUUGCAUUAGGUAUUAGCGCCGCCGGAGUCAUAGCCGGGUCCGUCCUUGUAAUAUGCAUCGUCCUUCGCCGGAAAAGCAAAGAUAUAGAUGUUAACAACAGGAAAAAUAACGGAGAUACAGAGGUAGUCUAUUUCAAGAAUUAUGGAUACCUUCAUUACCUUGCCCCAAAGAGAUACAGAUAUUCACAGGUCAAGAAAAUAACCAACUCCUUCAAAGAUAAAUUAGGACAAGGAGGCUAUGGUUAUGUUUACAGAGGGAAGCUAUUUGAUGGUCAGCUUGUUGCAGUGAAGGUUUUGAGUGAAUCCAAAGGCAAUGGAGAAGAAUUUAUUAAUGAAGUUGCAAGCAUUAGUAGAACCUCUCAUGUCAACGUUGUCACUCUCCUGGGUUUCUGCUUUGAGGGGAAAAAACGAGCUCUUAUCUACGAGUUCAUGCCCAAUGGAUCUCUUGAAAAGUUUAUAUAUGAAGGGAAGUUUUCACAGGCAAAUCGUCAUCUUGGGUGGGAAAGACUUCAUCAAAUUGCAAUAGGCAUUGCUCGAGGGCUGGAGUACCUACACCGUGGUUGCAACACUCGCAUUCUACAUUUUGACAUAAAGCCACAUAACAUUCUCCUGGACCAAGACUUCUGCCCGAAGAUAUCGGAUUUCGGCCUUGCUAAACUAUGUCCUGAUAAGAAAGAAAGUGUCAUAUCGAUGCAGGGUGCUAGAGGGACUGCUGGUUAUAUUGCACCAGAAGUAUUCUCUAGAAACUUUGGAGGAGUCUCGCACAAAUCAGAUGUCUAUAGCUAUGGAAUGAUGGUUCUAGAAAUGGUUGGUGGACGGAAGAACAUUGACGUGGGUGUUGACAAUACUAGCGAAAUAUAUUUCCCCCACUGGAUAUAUAAGCGUCUCGGAAUGGAUGAGGAUCUUGGGUUAUGUGGAGAUAUCACUACUGAAGAAGAAGAAAUUGUAAGGAAGAUGAGUAUAGUAGGUUUGUGGUGUAUCCAGAUUGAUCCUUCAAGUCGGCCUUCAAUGAGUAAGGUUGUGGAGAUGUUAGAAGGAAGUCUUAAUUCCUUGCAGAUUCCACCCAAGCCUUUUCUGUCUUCUCCUUCAAGAUCAAGAUCAAGACCAACCUCACCCGGUGGUUCCCCUGUAAUAGAAGAAAGUUGUUCCAUGAGGUAAAUAUUUACUUCUUUUUGGCACCCGGUGGUUUGGCCAGGAAUUAAUUCCAUCCUAAACCAACUUACCUGAAUGCAAUAAUUAAUUUGGGGUUCGACCAACUGGGCAAAUACAAACCACCUAAAAUCAAACGAGUUCCAAUGUAUUUGUUGGUUUGGUCAAUAGUUGUCUUUCUAGGAGGAAUUUCCUUGGUUGAAUAAUCUAUCAACCUCUAUUUCCAGACUUUAAAGUGAGAACCAACAUUAAUUCUGAGACAUUUGCCUGAGAAAGUUCAAAAGAACAAAAGAUCAGAUUUGAUCCUAUUUAUUUAAGUUGGAUUGGAAUAUAAAAUAGGAUUGAGUGGAUCUAAAAGUGUGAUCUGUUUAUUGAUUGGAUUGUAUUUGUGUAUUGCUUGAAUAUAGACCCUUGUUAGGAUUUUAAUUUAAUAUCCUCUAGGAUUAAGUGGAAUUUGGGAAUUAGAUA